AUGCGGGGCGCCGACCAGGGCGGCGCCGUCUCCACCCACCUCAUGGGCACGUCUGUCGAGCGCCAGGUCGGCUGGUCGGCCGACGCCAGGAGGGCGAAGCGGAUCCGGCGGCAGCAGUUCGCCAGGGAGGUGCAGUGCGCCAGGCAUCUGUGCGAGCGGCUCGAGAAGUGGGUCAUCGGCCGUGACGAGGCGGGCUUCCUGGCGCAAGCCUCCCGGGAGGCCGCCGCCCUGGCCCGCGCGUCCCUCGGCGGGCGCCUGCUGCGCACCAUCGGCGCCGUCUACGAGCGUUGCGCCGAGAGGUACUUCGAAGGCCUGCGCGGCUCCGCGAUGGACGCCCAGCUCGCCUCGUGGCAGGACAGCGGACACAGUCUCGGGGUGAAGCUGCAGGCCAUGACCAGCGUCGCCCGCUCGGCCUUCGCCAUGCGGAGCAUGCACGAGCACUGCGCCGCCACGGGCUCGCAGGAUGACAAUCCCGUGGUGAGCAUUCGCGUGUGGACGAGCUCGACGGUCGACCAGAUCGCCUUCAAGUACAAGGACGGAAGCGUCAGGACGUGGGGGCGCUUGGAGAGUCCACGCGGAGCCGAGCCAGCACCCUUCGACCUUGCAAACGGAGAGUACCUUGUACAAGUCUCGGCGCGAGUGGGCGAUUCCACCGACGGCAUCCAGUUCACAACCUCCCGUGGCAAAAGCAGCAUAUGGUACGGGGACAGCAGCGCCGGGAGCGACUGCACGUGGACCGCGCAGAGCGGCUUCCACAUCCGCGGCUUCCAGUCGAGGGAGGAAGAAGCCUCGAGACCGGUCCCGAGCAUCACGGACGUCGAGGAGAUUCAGAUCAAGGCAGACAAUCCGGUCGUGAGCGUCCGCGUCCAGUCGACCGGCUCCGAGGUGGACCAGAUCGUCUUCGGGUACAAGGACGGGAGCACCCGGGCGUGGGGUGAGGCCGGGGCCCAGGGCGCGGCCGAGCACGCGGCGACGUUCGACCUUGCGCCUGGCGAGCACCUCGCGCACGUGGAGGUGAGAGUAGGAGACUCCACGCAGGGCGUCCAGUUCACGACCUCCCGGGGCAGGAAGAGCGCCUGGUACGGGCACGACGCCGGCAGCCCCUGCGCCUGGACCGCGCGGAGCGGCCACCACAUCCACGGCCUGAAGACGCUGGCGGGAGCCUCGAAGCCCGUCGCGGGCAUCACGGAGAUCGAGGAGAAGCAGAUCCAGGCCGACCCGGAGGCCGCGCGGCAGAGCUGCCUGGAGGAGUCCCUGCCGGUGUUCCUGCAGGCGAUCUGGGACAUUUCCGCGUUGGACAUUGAAAGCACGACGAGGAGCGUCUGCGAGAAGGUGCUGAAGGACUGCAGCGUGCCCUGGCAGCUGCGCCACCGGCGCGCUGUGGCGCUGUUGCGGCUGGGGCGCCUGCUGCGCGACGCGGGGCAGGUAGACAGAAAGGACCUGUCCGACUCGAAGGAGGUCAAGCAGCACCUCGAGGAGGCCCUGCUCGGCGCGAUGCGCGACCGGGGCUGA